CGUGACGUCUUUCCUAUUUUAACCUUGGUUUCUUCGUUAGCUAAAAUCGAUGAUACAAUGUUAUGUUUGCAUAAAAUACCUUAACUUUACUAAUAAAAAUGGAAUCAAACAGCGACAAUGAAAACGAAAUUCCGAUUUGGCAAGAACCAAGGUGUGAACCGCUCGGCGCACCAAAAGAAAUUUGCGAUGAAAAUGAAUCUGAACAGAAUUCAGGCGACAGAUUACAUGCUUUGGAAGAAGAGCAGGAGAUAUUAUCAUCCUCUGUGUUCUCCUUGACGUCUCAUUUGGCACAAGUUGAGUUUCGUUUGCGACAAAUUUUGAAAGCUCCGCCAGAAGAGAAAGACGCUAUGCUGAAGGCUCUCGAAGAGUUCACUUCGCGUGGAGUGUCUGAUACAAGAGCAGCUCCGCAAGGAAGCUCCGGUGAAGGAGCUUGUAGCGAGUGCCUCCAAUUAGAACGAAAGAUAAGGCGGCAACGCUCCAAGCAGACACAUUUUAUUGAAAGAUUAAAAUCACAACUGAUAGAACUGGAAAGGUUCGCUGCAAAUCCCGCGACUUUGAACGACGGUAAGCACAGAAAUUUUAUUGAACAUUUAAAAAGCGAAAUAGAUCAAAGUCUUGAAGAAGGAUGUCCAUUGAGUGCUGAUGAACUAAGACAUCAGAUCAAUUGUGCUGUUCGCCAGUAUGCCGACCGGCAAUUAUCAAAAGAUGAAAUCAUAACCAAACUCCAGGCUCACAUAGAGGACAUGCAGAAGUUUAUAAAAUUGAUGAAAAAUGAACAAACUCAAGAAAAAUCUAAAACGGACCCUAAAAAUGUAAAAUCUGAGAAAUUCGAGAAGACAUUCAAUAGAAAUAAAAAUAAUGAUGACCUAAGAACUGAAACCAUAAACUUAAUGAGAAAAGCUUCUACAUUAAUACAGAUAUUUACAGUUUCCCAGUUUGGAUGUUCACCAAACACAGAUAGGAGAUAUGAAAGAAAGUCCUCUACUAUUGUCACCCAUUGGGGUAAUUUAAGAGCAAAGCUAGAGAUGUCCAUAGAUGCAGUAUUGCACUUAGUAUCUAGAGAGAGACCAUCCCACAUUAUGAUUGAUAGUUAUGACAGUGAUUCUGAUGAAGGAGGAAUGAUUAUAAAUGAUGCACCCCUAACAACAGCUGUACGGCGACACUUAGCCAUCAAUCUUCGGGACUUAUUACAACAUGGGCUAGUGGGUCCAGAGUCGAAUUCUUUAGUACCUCUAAUAGGAUGCUUUCCUGUACGCAGAUCCUCAUCCUCUCGUUGUUUGCAUAUAUGGGAUUUAAUUCUUCGCUAUUAUGAGUUCAAUGACGGUGACCACUUCAACUCCACUCCGGCUAGGAAGUUAAGUCAAAGUUUUAACUUGGAUAUUGUUGGAGGCAGUGCUAUAACAAGUAAACAGAGUUUAUUAAGUGCAAUUGGAAGUAUAUUGGCAUCACAUGCUCCUUAUAAAAGAAGUUAUGAUGCCCAUUUCAAAGCCUUUGUCUGUGCAGCUUUGAAUAAACAUAAACUAGUUACUUGGCUGAACAUAAUGUUAAAAUGCCGGUCUCUUGUUGAUUCGUAUUAUUCAUCAACAAGUUACAUUGUAAAUACAGGCUUCCAAGAUGCCUUGCAAAGUCUGGAUCGUUUGACUCCAUACAAUUUUGAUUUGCCAGUAGAUCUGGCUGUCAAGCAAUUUCAGAAUAUCAAAGAUGUAUUUAUGUAAUUCUAAGGGUAAACUUUUAUACAUAAUCAUUCCUUAAGAUGCCUUCCAGUUAGAAUGUGCUAAGAAUUAUCUGCAUACAUUUAAUCUAUGAUGGAACUUGAUCUGGUUGUUCUAUUCAAUCAUUUGAAUUUUAAAAUUUUUCAAAAUACAGAUCUGUAUAGCUCUCUAAUGAAAAUUUCUUUUUUCAAACAAAAUAAUAUGUAUAUACACAUUCCACAGAAGAAUAUAAUAAUUGUGAUAUGUUAAAACCAACCAAAGAGAACUUAGUCACUAUGUAAGUUCAUAGUUAAGUAUAUCUAGUUAUUGCUAAAAUAAAUAUUU